AUGUCAUAUGUUCGAAAGAGCAAUGAGAUAGAUGUUGAAAUAAUCGAAUGCGCUCCAAGUAAUGAGGGCAACGAAACGGUGUUUCCUAUAAUUGAAGGAGCCAAGUGGCAACUUGCAUGGGAAGCCAAAAGAAAUAAAAUCCUUCAACCUUUGAUGGCCGAAAGUGUUGCCUCCUUCCUCUUUUGUAUUUUCGGCGGUGCUGCUAAUUUAUUUGUUGCUACAACUUCAUUGACACUAUCUCAAGAUCCUGGAAGCAGUAUACCUGGACGCUUUAAUGUUGCGUUGUCUUUUGCUUUCGGCACUAUGUUUGCCCUCUUUUUUGCUGUUCCGAUUUCUGGCGGUCAUAUUGCUCCAAAUUUCACGCUUGUUCUUGCCACUUUCCGAAAAUUCUCGUGGAAGUUAGUUCCAUUCUACAUACUCGCGCAAAUAGUUGGCGCGUUUCUUUCUACCGGGAUAAUUUAUCUUUGUUACUAUUCUACAAUUCAUCAUUUUACUGGAGGCACAGAUGGUCCCGUCAAGUUCGCUGCACUAUACGUAACUCAACCAAAUAAUUAUGUUAACACUGGCUACAUAAUAUGGGUCGAAUUUAUUUCUACCGCUGUUCUCACCUUAAUCGUCUUCAACCUGACCGACGCCAAUAACAAAUAUAUUGUUUCCAGCCCGAUGAUAAUUCCACCACUAAUAGGCUUAAUGAUCUUCCUGAUAAUUAUGGGCGUUGGAUACCAAGGGGUUUCGAUAAGUCCGGCUCGUGAUCUCGGCGCUCGAUUAUUCCUACAGAUAAUUUACGGCUCCGAAAUAUGGUCGUUAAAUCAUAAAUAUUUUUGGAUUGCUACGGUCAUUCCAUGUGUUGGUUCGAUCGUCGGCGCAGGUUUUUAUGAUAUUUUCUUUUACGAUCACGGAAAACCAAAAAAAUUACAAUAG